AUGGGGAAGAAACGCGUGAUGUUGCCGGCCAACGAGGUGGAUUUGUCCACCGUCAAGUACGAACCGGAAGUGAUCAAAGCUCCGCAUUUGACUGGACUUAUUUUCAAGUUGUUUGUUAAGCUAGUUGAGGCACCAGUAAUUGGUUCUCUGAUUAUUGCUGUCUUGAAGAAACAGAACAAGAUUGUUGAGAUGUUGCAAAAUACUGCGAUACCAGAGGCACCCAUGUUUAAGCCUGAAUUUCCUACUCAAGAACCAGAAAUUGAUGUUACCGUCGUUGAUGAAGAUGCAAAGCCUGAAGAUAGAGUUGAGACAGCCUUGAAGUGUCUUCAACUUUAUGAUCCUGCUAGCCGUUGGAAUAGUGAUUUAAUUGCAUCCUUUCGAUACUGGAAGAUACGCGAUUAUGCACAUGCUUAUCGGUCUAAGCUUGCAAGUCCUUCAAUGGUAGCAGAGCAUAUAAUUUCUGUCAUAAAGGAAUUUAACUAUGACAAGCCCCCGACUCCACUAUUAAUUUCUUUUGAUGUUGACAAAGUCAGAAAGCAAGCUGCGACUUCUACACGAAGGUUUGAUGAAGGAAAUCCUUUAUCCAUCUUGGAUGGUAUUUUCAUGGCAAUUAAGGAUGAUAUUGACUGCUUUCCCCACCCAUCGAAGGGUGCAACAACAUGGAUGCAUGAGGUCCACACUGUUAAGAAGGAUGCAGUUAGUGUUUCAAGGUUGCGAAGAUGUGGUGUAAUUUUCUUAGGAAAGGCAAAUAUGCACGAGUUGGGCAUGGGCACAACCGGGAAUAAUUCAAACUAUGGGUAA